GAAAUGGAUGGUGAUGAUCAGCUGUUAGACAUAACUGAUAAUGGAAGAGCUAGUACGAACGGUAGUCAUAAUCAGAGAUCGACAUCACUUUCUUUUUUCAGCGACAGUUUUAUUUUAAAACAUGGCCAAAAACCACUUUGUACUCUCUCAUUCGUAUUAGAUUUUGAAAAUGAAACCAUACGUAUGCAACUUGAGAAAGAUUUAAAAUUACUUGGAGCAAAAGUUUUGGAGACCUUUGAUCCUGACAGAAAUAAAAAACCGUCUUGUGUUAUCACAGAUCAUCCAUAUGCACGAUAUUUAGAGAAAGUAACAAGAGCAGAAAAUCCCACAGUAAAGAACAUAAAUUCCUUGCCGGUAUUGCUUCGAGCUGCAAUACGUAGUGGUGUUCGUAUAAGAUCAUCAAAUUCUUUUGUACUCAUUAUAUCAAACGUGAAAAACCGACUGAAAAUAAUCGACAGGAUGAAAAUGACACCAAUGAUAACGAAACGUGAGGUAAGCAUACGUUUGCUAAAAGCUCCAUUUAUAAAAUUAGAAAACAACAGUCAAUGUUAUAUGCCUUACUGGAAGGAAUUCAGUUCAAAUUCGAAUUUUCGUCCUAUUUACAUAGGUCAAACAGCUGGCAAAUCCAUAUUUCAUAGAGCUUCUCUUGAUGUGGGGAAACGAAAGAAAGAAAAAAGUAAUGUGAAGAUUCGAGCUCGAAGUCGUGUUGGUAAUGGAUUCUGCGAUAUUUGUACACGUAGUUGUAGAGAUCUACAGUCGGAGCAUCUGACACAUAUCCGUAGCCCUGGUUUUUACGACGAAGUGGACGCUUUAUGUGGGUCAUUUGUAAAUGAAAUCAAAGUGCCGAAAAAAAAAUCCCGAAAACAUUCGACCCGAGAAGUAUCGACUUCAAAACGUUCUUCUGGAGUCUCGGAACGACAGCCCUGA